CAAAAGAAAUAUUUUGACAAUGGGUAAAGGAAGAGGAAGUCUCAGUAACCUUCUUUGGCUAAGUGAGGUUAAAAACUUUUCUAUUGUUACCACUCUGAAUUGGUUACCUUUGUCUUAAAAUAGACCUGUGACCCUAUAUACCGAUCAGUUUAACACGUACGUGAUCAUCUUUUUGGCGCCAAACAAAGGGAGAUAACACGCUUUGAAAGUGACCCGUAUAAGAAUCCGGAAAAAUAAAAAAAAAACCUCUUGAUUCGAUAAUCAGUGAGUGGUACUUUACGCUAGCGCCUUAUAGAAUGAGGAAAUCUGCGACUGAGACUCGUCUCCGAAGCCCAAUGGUUUGAACAAAAUUUUUAUUCCUCCCUUCCAUGAGAAGUUGUCCCCUGUGUGGCGAGCGUGUCCUGUAUCAGCUGAACCAGGUGGACAAGGCGGCAAAGCAUAAUGGGUAACAUCAACAACAUGCACAAAGCAGAGACUUCACUUUUUGCUGAAAAUUCGCUUUUUCCUCAGUUGAUCCCCGGCGUUCACGCUGACUAGGCAUCAGGAUGUGCUGAAACUCAUGCAGGGUUCAUAAGGUUUUUUGUGGCGCUACAGUACGUUGAUUUGGUCGCAAUGGUUAAAUUAAACGGGGUAAAAGAUCAAAGGACUACCGAUUCGGCGCCAAGCUUAAGUUCGAGUAGCAAUGGAUUGAUAUGUUUUAUUUGUGGAGCGUCUAAUGCAAACUGGCCUCUCUACUGCAGAUCUCGAAAUUCCGAGAAAAUGCCGUUUUUCCCGUUCUUGGAGUAUCAUGUGCCGUCCGAUGGUGCUAGACCGGUCGAUAAAACAAGCGGACAGGUCGAUUCCUGUACGGUGUGUUUUUCCUUUCUCACUCAACAAUGGCAUGCUUUCGAAGAGAGCGCCACUCCAGUUAUAAAGCGAAUUUACUGGCUUAAAAGGUCGGGUCCUGAUUCAAGCGGAGAAAGACCUCAAAGCCCUGUUGAGAACAACCUAGUGAGGGGCGAAGAAACAAUAGCUGGCAAUAACAACAUCACAGUGGCAGGAGAGAAUUUAUAUGAUAACGAAAGUUCAGAGUUGUACCCGGCUGUUCAUGGAGAACUUGCGGAAGGUAAUUUUCAUUCAACCACUUCAGACGUGGAAAACGUCAAUCCGAUUUCCGAAGACUCAGCUGGGCCUUUGGUGGAGAAUUCACCGCUAACUGCCAUUUCUCAUCGUUCUGUAGGCCUUGAAACAUGUUACAUCUGUAGCAGGAGAAAGCCGAAAGAAUUCAUGAGAAGUGUACACACAAGACCGCAGCUUAAAACCGAGACACCGUUUUAUCCCUGUCUUGCACGACACGUUCCUCCCACGAUCGCAAAGCAAAUGGACUACCUGGGUAAAGUUCUUGUCUGUGAGGCUUGUCAAAAGUUCUUAUUUCGUCAAUGGCAAGUCUUUCAGAAGAAUUCCACUCCAUUGAGUGAGAGACAGUACCAAUUAAGAUCUGACCCCUCCCUUCCUAGGGAGCAGCAGUCUCAGUUGUCAACUAUGGUUUGUUUUGUCUGUGGAGUCACACAGCCUGCAACAUCGGGAAGAUUUCUGUAUUCACGAAAACAUGCACUGGGACACCCUUAUUAUCCAUUUCUGAACAAUCUACCCACUCCAGAGGGAGCCAUGCCAUUAACGAAACAAGGGUUGACUAGAGCCUGCAGUGGUUGUCGUAAGUCACUCCAUAGGCAGUGGAAACACUUUGAGGCUGCUGGGAUUUGUGAAGACAAGAGGGAAUAUAGAAUUCGUAAUGAGGUUAUGGUUCAGUCAGCUGGAAGUACAACAGAGGUGUCUGAGACAAUGGCUAAGAUUGCUUGCUACACUUGUGGCCAGUAUUGUUCUGAAUCUGACUUACGACCUGUUCACACGAAAGCAAACACCAAUCCUCUCAAAGACAACUUCUAAUUUCCAUUCAUAGCAUCAC